AUGUCUUUGAAAUCCUACAACGUUCAUAUAAUUUCUUUCAUUCUUGCCAUUUCGGGGUUGCUUAUAGGCUUGGAAAGCUCCAGUCUAAAUACUUUUGUCCAUUCGACCGUUUUCAGUGACUACUAUGGACCCAUUACCUCGUGGGAGAAAGGUUGGGUGGGUUCCAGUGGUUCGUUAGGAGCAAUUUUAGGAGCAUUGGCGUCAGGGCUUUUGGGAGACAAGACAGGUUUUUUGAUUAUGCUGCAAUUGGCUGUUGUUUUCUCCACAGUAGGCACCCUUUUGGCUCUUUCCCUGCCUUCUGUGGGAAUUUUAUGUGCCGCUCGCAUCAUCAAAGGAAUCACCUAUGGCCUUCUCGCGACUUCAGUACCCACUUAUAUUGCUGAUACCAUCCCCAAAUCCAGCCAGGGCUACUCGUUAUCGAUUUUUCACAUCAGUUCCACCUUUGGGGCAAUUUUGAUGUAUUAUGGUGGUUAUGGCUUACUAGUAUGUCUCGGCUCCAUGCUCUCUUUCAAGAUUGCAUGGGCUGCUGAAUUGAUUCCAGCUGUGGCUUUAUUCUGUCUUAAUUUCGUCUUGCCUGAGUCCCCAAAGCAUUUGGGUUUGCAAAAAAGAUGGCAUGAGGCCACAGUAACAAUCGACCGCAUUCACCGCAAAUUGAAAGGUACUUCUGUGGAUAAUGAGGAGUAUGUGAUUCUGCUUUAUACCGCCGGAACUUCCAUCAAAAGCUUACCCUUUGUGACCCUCUUCAGUAGAAGGCAUUACAAACACACUGUGGUUGGAAUUCUAGUUCAAAUUUUGUUACAAUGUUCCCAUGGUUGGAGUCCUUGGAACAUACAUCGUUUAUGUGUGUGA